AUGCAAUUGACACCAACUACAAAACUCAAAUGUCUUGUUGGCGGUGGUGCUGGUUUCAUCGGCAGUCACUUAGCACGACGAUUGAAAUUAGAAGGUCAUUAUGUAGUUGUAGCAGAUUGGGCACGAAAUGAAUAUUUUACUGAAGAUGAAUUUUGUAAUGAAUUUCUUCAUAUUGAUUUACGUGUACUUGAUAAUUGUCUUAAAGCAUCAGCUGGAUGUGAUUGGGUAUUUAAUUUAGCUGCCGAUAUGGGUGGAAUGGGCUUUAUCGAAUCGAAUCAUUCUGUCAUUUUGUGGAACAAUACUAUGAUCUCAUUUAAUAUGCUCGAAGCUGCUCGUCGCAAUGGUUGUAAACGUUUCUUCUACUCUUCAACCGCUUGUAUUUANAGCCAAUAA